GCCCGCCCUCCUCCGGUCCUGGGGCAACUGACUCGAGUGCUGACCGCAGAGCAGGUUCACGGUAAUCACCCUCGCCUCCGGGCCGAGCUACACAGGCGCUGAGCCACCAAGCCGCGCAGCGAGCCCGCGCCUGACGCGCCCUGGAACCACUCACGGCUCAUCAACUCUCGCAGGAGGCUCUGGGUGGAGGGGUGCAUGGGAGCGGGAGAGGGCUUCAUCUUGCUGAUUUCCCGUUCUGCGCGGCUCUCUAGGUUAAAGUUCCUGAUGGCGCGACCCACCACAGCCCCCAUCUCUUCACAGCAUGAUGCCCUCAGGUUCACGUCGCACGUGGGACAACACCUGCGCCAGACCGCCUCCGGGACGCACGGAGCAUGCGCACGUCUGUGGUAGGCCAGGCUGUGCGCAGCAGCAGGCUGCUAAUGUGCGUAAGUCGCCCUCUAGCGAUUGGGAGGCUACACGCCAAGUCUGUGCCCCGAGCUUUUCGAAGGACAGCGACGUUCUUACGCCUGAGGCUGCUUCCCGAGGAGGGACCGCGUGGAGUUACCCGAAAAGUUCUCCUGAGCCCCAGCCUGGCUACAGGGAAAAGGAGGAUCAGUUUCCUCCUGCCAACAUAGCCCACCAGGGCCUUAUUAGAGGAUCUCUUCAGGCGUCCCCAUCUGUAAAAAGCAGAGAGCUGCCCUUUCUGUCCCCUGCGGAAAUAAUAAUAGCAGCACCAAGUACCUGCUGGAAUGCUUGCUGAUUCCUCUGCAAACUUCUAAGGCUAAGACCCUUGGGAACCCAACUGGAGAAUGCCGUCUGAACGCUGCCUCAGUAUUCAAGAAAUGCUGACAGGCCAGAGGCUCUGCCACUCGGAAUCUCACAAUGAUAGCGUUCUAGCAGCGCUGAAUCAGCAGAGAAGCGAUGGCAUCCUCUGCGAUGUCACUUUAAUUGCUGAGGAACAGAAAUUCCAUGCUCACAAGGCAGUCCUAGCAGCAUGCAGCGACUAUUUCCGGGCAAUGUUCAGUCUUUGUAUGGUGGAAAGUGGAGCUGACGAGGUGAAUUUACACGGUGUGACCAGCCUUGGCUUAAAGCAGGCUCUGGAGUUUGCAUACACAGGACAGAUUUUGUUGGAGCCAGGUGUGAUCCAGGAUGUGUUAGCAGCUGGCAGUCACCUGCAGUUGUUGGAGCUUCUCAAUUUAUGUUCCCACUAUCUCAUCCAGGAACUAAAUAGCUUUAAUUACUUGGAUCUGUACAGACUUGCUGACCUCUUUAACCUCACUUUGUUGGAGAAGGCAGUGAUCGAUUUCUUAGUGAAACAUCUCUCUGAACUCCUGAAGAGUCGCCCGGAAGAUGUUCUAACGCUUCCUUAUUGUCUGCUUCAGGAGGUACUCAAGAGUGACCGCCUAACUUCCCUGAGUGAAGAGCAGAUCUGGCAGCUAGCCGUGAGGUGGUUGGAACACAACUGCCAUUACCAGUACAUGGACGAGCUCCUGCAGUACAUUCGCUUUGGCCUCAUGGAUGUGGAUACUCUCCAUACAGUUGCCCUCUCCCACCCCCUGGUCCAAGCAAGUGAGACUGCAACAGCUCUUGUCAAUGAGGCCCUGGAAUACCACCAGAGCAUCUAUGCACAGCCCGUCUGGCAAACUCGUAGGACCAAACCGCGGUUCCAGUCAGACACCCUGUACAUCAUUGGUGGGAAGAAGCGUGAGGUCUGUAAAGUCAAGGAACUUCGCUACUUCAAUCCCGUUGAUCAGGAGAAUGCGCUCAUAGCCGCCAUUGCCAACUGGAGUGAGCUGACUCCCAUGCCCGUGGGAAGGAGCCAUCACUGUGUAGCCGUCAUGGGGGACUUCCUGUUUGUAGCAGGAGGGGAAGUUGAGCAUGCCAGCGGUCGGACGUGUGCCGUGAGGACUGCCUGUCGUUAUGACCCCCGCAGUAAUUCCUGGGCAGAGAUAGCACCCAUGAAAAACUGCCGGGAGCAUUUUGUGCUGGGAGCCAUGGACGAAUACCUCUAUGCUGUUGGGGGCAGGAAUGAACUGCGCCAGGUUCUGCCUACAGUUGAGCGAUAUUGCCCCAAGAAGAACAAAUGGACUUUUGUGCAGUCCUUUGACCGAUCCCUUUCAUGUCACGCUGGCUACGUGGCUGACAGUCUUCUUUGGAUUUCAGGUGGAGUAACUAACACAGCACAAUAUCAGAACAGACUAAUGGUCUAUGAACCUAACCAGAAUAAGUGGAUAAGCCGCAGCCCUAUGCUACAGAGAAGGGUCUACCAUUCCAUGGCUGCUGUCCAAAGGAAGCUUUAUGUUCUUGGCGGCAAUGACCUAGACUACAAUAAUGACCGGAUUCUCGUGAGGCAUAUAGAUUCUUACAACAUAGACACUGAUCAGUGGACGCGCUGUAAUUUCAACCUGUUGACUGGCCAAAAUGAAUCUGGAGUUGCCGUCCAUAAUGGGAGAAUAUAUUUAGUCGGUGGAUAUUCGAUUUGGACAAAUGAGCCCCUGGCAUGUAUCCAGGUACUGGAUGUAAGUAGAGAAGGCAAAGAAGAAGUGUUCUAUGGGCCUACACUCCCUUUUGCUUCCAAUGGAAUAGCAGCAUGCUUCCUUCCAGCUCCGUAUUUCACAUGCCCUAACCUUCAAACUCUUCAAGUGCCUCAUCACAGAAUUGGCACCAUCUGAAAAGCCAAUACUCUGUUAAUAUCCCUCAUGAAUGGGAGGAAAAACAAAGGCUUGACUUUUGGAUUCUGGGCAUGAAAAGACUCAGUGCUCAGUGCUUCCUUGUCAUGUUCUAAAUAAGUCUUAUGUAUCAACAUUAGCAAAAAUUGAAGUUUUCUAAAGUAUGUUAUACACCCUUCUCUGUGUAUGUCAACAUAUAAUACAACAUGUAUGACUUUUA